AGUGCCUUAAUUGCUCCAGUUAAAGUCGUCUUCGCAGCUGUACAGAGCGUAUAUUGAAGGAGGGUUUCUUUUCUUUAUUUACGUAGAUAUUUGUCAUAAUUUAUAUGAUCAGCUUGUAUUCUUCAAUAUAAGUACGAUCAAGGUCAGGUUUAGUAUAUUUUCGCCGAAGAAGUCUAUUCAUAUCGUUGAAAGUCAAAACCUGGAGUGGUAUUAAAGGCUUUAUUCAUUGAUUUACUUUUUGAUAUUUUUUCUGUGUAUUUACACAUGAUUAAACCAAGUAGUAGAAAUAUUUCAGGUACUAAAGCUGCUUUGAAGGUGCAUGUGUUAAAGUAAUCGUAUAUGUGGCUGUUCCACUCUUCGCAGAAAAUUUAAAGAAAAACAAAAAUGCUAACACCGCAGUAAAAAUUAAUCAGAAACCAAGACAGUAUUAAGCCGCAUUAAUUUAAAAUAAAAUAUCGUGUCUGUGUUGUUAUUUGUACUUCUUGUAUAGCAUCAACAACAUUUUAAAACACAUUUGUUGUGAAACCUAAAAAGGUUACUGCUGCCAUUUCAAUGUAACUGAUCAUACAGCCGCACAAGAGCGACCUCACUUGGCUAUCAGACAGGCGUCAUUUUGUCUUGAUUCUAGCAGACAAAACACAAACAACAGACGUUGUUUUUAAUGAAUCUCACACGGCUAUAACCCCAUAACUUCCAAAAAUUAACUACAUGGCCUGCGCUAGGAACUUGACAACAUACAAUCUCCGUUACUCGACUGCAAAUAAGUUCUGCUUUCAAAUUAACUUAGAAUUAGGCCUUCAGUUCAUUAUUUAGAGACGGGUGAGUACCUGCGGUGCAUAGCUACAAAUAAACUAAUCUUAAAAAAAAAAAGUAAAAUUCUCCUUGCUGCAAGGACAUGAACUUACCAAUUAUAUCUUCUACUAUUAAUGAAAAAUAAUUCAAUACUUUAUCGGCCCUUAAGAUAGCGUUUAUUUUUUCCUUAACUGACUCCAAGGCCGAAUACUAAUUGCAAAAGGUUUCUUUUUCGUUGGUUAACCAUUCCACACCAUACUACAGUUGAGCCUCCCACGCUCGCAGAGUAUUAGUUUAUAGCGUUUUGUUAAUGACAACUCUCGAAAGGUGCCAAGCAUGCAUUCUUUCGAAAAUGCAUGCAAACAUGACCGCUGAAGCAGGGUGUAGGGCACCGAUAUUUUGCUUUUUUAUUGGGUUAUUUAUAUACGUCUGAAAUAGCCAUAUUGAUUCUUGAUUUUAUUACAUAUUGCUGAAAAAGACUCUGGUUAACAAGAGAAAUAAGAUUUUAUCCCCAAAAUUAAAUUACACACAAUCGCCUCUUUCAUAGUGUUCACAGUUUAGGGAAUUGUAUUUAAAUUCUUCAAAGCUUUUUAAAAAGUAGUACACUACUAACCGAAGAAUUGAAAUUCCAUAAUUUUUCUCCUUGCACUACAUUUAAUGAUUAUGAGAUUUUUGAGUUUACAUAUUAAAAGUGACGUCUAUGAAUUCAAAGUAAAAUAAUAACAAAAGUAACCUAUGUUACUUUAGAUAUUUUUAUAUUAAAUAGCACUUGCUUGUUUAAUUUUCAAGUCUCCGAAAUGACCCAACCGAAAUUUAUGCAAUUCCGAUUUUUUCUCAAAUAUAAUUUUAAUAAAGGCCUUUUAUUUUUUUCUGUAAUUUCCAUUAGUGUAUUACUGCUGUCGAGUGUCGUAUUAUGUUUAAAAUACUGAGAAAAUGUUUUACAAAUAGUCUGUUUGCAGUAGUUAUUACACAAUGGGAAAUAAAUGUAAGUGCAGUGACGUCUGCGAGUACAGCGUUUUUCAUAAAAGGAUUAUAUUACAAAUGAAGACUUCAGAUGUCAACUAAAUGCACACAGUGCUGUUAUAAUAAAGUUAUCUAUCUAUCUAUCUAUCUAUCUAUCUAUCUAUCUAUCUAUCUAUCUAUCUAUCUAUCUAUCUAUGUAAGAAAUGCAAAUAUGACCUUGUGACUAAUCUUUAAGAAAAUCAAGAGGUCAUUGUAAUAUUUAAAAUUAUAUGACUUGCAGUAGGUGUCUAUCUAUCUAUCUAUCUGGUAAGACAAAGCUGAAAAUACGUCAAAUACUUUUUUCUCUUUCAAUAAUAAACAUUGUUAUUUUGUAAACGUAUAUUAUACAAAUCGACAUACGAUGUCGUAAUUAUAAAUUAGUUCCAAAUAUAUUUCUGGUUUUAGUCGUAGUAACCGGGGAUUAGGCGAUUCCACACUUUUAAAGCAUAUACAAAUGAUUAGUGUUAAAAAUUAUAAGAAACAGAUUUAACGAGAUUGAUUUGUUCAAAUAAAUACACCCAUUUUAAAAUUUUGUAUCUCACCUUAGUACUCUAAUGCGAUUAUUAUUUUUAUUAAUUGAUUUGGAAAUUAAAGUUAUUUUAUUUUCUCUGUGAAACAACAACAAAUCUACAAAAAGAUUAAUUGUACAAGUCUUCAAUUCUUCCUGUAUAAAUAGAGUAUUGUAAUGCCACUGAAGAGGUUUAAUAUCGUGUUUACUGUACAUAUCAAAUAAUAUCCUUUUUCAUAAAAUCAUAUGGCUUUACAAUAAAAAAUUAUGACUGAAAAAUGCUGACCCCCAUUUUUACUGGUUUGCGGACUGAUUUAUAUUUUAUUGUUCUGCUUGGCGAUCACGUGUUCUGCACCAGCCAAUCCGAAUGCAGACGUCUUUUAACUUAUUAGGUGUCUGUAGUUCUUUGUGAAGCGAACUUGCUACUUGAUUGUACAGUUUCAUGUAUUCUUAACGAGUGUAUGUUUGUGUUUUUCUGUGUUUAGUGCAAUGUCUACCUCGGGAACAGUUAACAGUUACUAUGUAGACUCUCUUACUAUUCACGAGGGCGAGGAUCUUUUACAGCCCAGAUAUUCCUCCGGUACAGUGCUUCAGCAGACAAGACAAACAGCUUUGACUGAGCACACAGAGCUAACCCCUUGUAGUUUUCAACCUAAAUCCUCUUUACUCGGUACAUCGUGGAGUCCAGUUCAACCUUCCAAUUAUGUAUCUUCUGUGUAUCAUCCUUAUAUGCAUCACGAAGGCUCGGCUGGAGAACCGGAUGGGAGAUAUUUGCGUUCUUGGUUGCUGGAGCCAAUGUCAGGAUCCAUCCCUUUUCCUGGAUUACCGUCUACAAAGCAUUACAAUAUUAAACCUGAACCAUUUAACAGGAGAGUUGACUGCUCCACUUUCGAAGCACAUACUCUGUUAUUUUCAGAAUUCACUAAUGGAUCUUCUCCAGCAGAAAAUGAAGAACCUUCAGGAGAGCCUGUCUUGCCAGAAAAAAACGCAGAGAAUAUAUCAGUGGUAGAAAAAAAGGAGACGGACUCAAAUAACCCAUCUGCAAAUUGGAUACAUGCGAGGUCAACAAGAAAAAAGCGAUGUCCGUACACUAAACAUCAGACGUUAGAGCUGGAGAAGGAAUUUCUCUUCAACAUGUAUCUCACUAGAGACAGACGAUAUGAGGUGGCUAGGCUACUUAAUCUUACUGAAAGGCAAGUUAAAAUCUGGUUUCAGAACAGAAGAAUGAAGAUGAAAAAAAUCAAUAAAGAUCAUCCCAAGGACGACUGUUAGAAUAUUACAGGAAUGACAGCGUGUAGACCGCUCCGUAAGAAGGAAAAACACAACAUUAAAAUGAUUCUCAUAAUUUCCUUACGACAGAAAGGAGUUAAAAGACUUGUCAGAAAAGUGCUGCAUUCCUUUGACGCCUAUUCACUUUUGACUACCUUUAUGGCUGCACAAUUUGCUCAUGAACUGUCUUAAAGUGUGUUUUCCAAUUGUAUUUUUGUUACAGCCACUGUUGCGGCAACCCACCUAUUCCUAUAUACUUGAACAUUGUGUCUUCAAAGUGAUUACUUAUAACUGGAUAGUUGUGUUUUAUUGUUGUAUGAUUUGUGAUAGUAAAAGUAGACAUCGUUGAACUCAGGUUUGCAAAGUAAAACGCAAGUUCUGUGAGUAUUUAUCUGUCACUAAAGUAUUUAAUGUUAUAAAGCUGCAGAAAUUCCGUUCUUUAUUACCAUGGUGCUGUCUAAUUAUACGAAAAUGUUUCCAUUUGUAUAAAAUAUUUGAUUUCUAGGGCACAUUUAUAAUAUGAGCUCUAGUUAAAAUAUAUAUAACGCUCGGUAGGUAACAUUCUCUACUUAAACUAACCUUAUCCACGUUGUUGAAUACUCUUUAUGUAACACAGAGAAAAUGUUAAAUGUUUAACUACCUAAGUACUUGAGAGAACUACCUAAAUUGAUGCAAAGUACCAUACGGAACAACUUUAAAUUGUAUGUUGAAGAGAUCGAAAUAAAUUACUUUUAACCAGUAUUUUAGUGAACCCAGUAUUCAGAUCUAGCAAUUGUUACCUCAUUAUCUUGUUUAAACAUUUUGUUUUUAAAUUAGGCACCUUGGAUUCAACUAUAAUAAAAAUGUUUAGACUAAUUUGAUUCUGCUGUUUUCACUUGCUUGGAGUACUUUCAUGACUCUCAUUGCAU